AUGCUCCAACAUGACCUCCCCGCCGCCCCUCGCAAUACCCACCACCCCUGCGCCCCUCCUUGGCCUCCCCACCUCGGCGAACCGUCCUCUGCGCCCUCCGAUCCUGGCCGCAGCAACACUGGCAGCAUGCAUGUUGUCCUCGCGCGCUGGCCCGAGCGCUUUUUCGCAAACACCCUGUUGGGCGUAUAG